AUGGACAGCAAAGGUCGCAAAGUUAUUGUUUGUGAUAACGGCACGGGGUUCGUAAAAUGCGGCUAUGCCGGCAGCAAUUUUCCCGCGCACAUUUUCCCAUCGAUGGUUGGACGGCCGAUCAUACGAGCGGUCAAUAAAAUUGGUGACAUCGAAGUAAAGGAUUUACAUGUCGAUGACCUUAUGGUUGGCGAUGAAGCUUCACAGCUGCGCUCACUACUUGAAGUCUCAUAUCCCAUGGAGAACGGAGUCGUACGGAAUUGGGAUGAUAUGUGUCAUGUGUGGGAUUAUACGUUCGGACCCAAGAAAAUGGAUAUUGAUCCGACGAACACAAAGAUAUUGCUGACAGAACCCCCAAUGAAUCCCACAAAGAAUCGCGAAAAGAUGAUUGAGGUCAUGUUCGAGAAGUAUGGUUUCGAUUCCACGUAUAUUGCCAUACAGGCGGUACUGACGUUGUACGCCCAGGGCCUCAUCUCCGGUGUUGUCAUCGAUUCUGGGGAUGGUGUGACGCAUAUUUGUCCUGUCUACGAGGAAUAUUCACUGCCACAUUUGACACGGCGACUUGACAUUGCGGGUCGUGAUAUAACGCGUUAUUUGAUUAAGUUACUUUUACUACGUGGUUAUGCCUUUAAUCAUUCCGCUGAUUUUGAAACGGUACGCAUCAUGAAGGAGAAACUUUGUUACAUCGGCUAUGAUAUUGAAAUGGAACAACGUCUGGCCCUUGAAACCACGGUCUUGGUGGAGUCUUACACGUUACCUGAUGGACGUGUUAUCAAAGUUGGUGGCGAGCGUUUUGAGGCGCCCGAGGCACUUUUCCAACCGCAUUUAAUAAACGUUGAAGGCGCCGGCAUUGCGGAAUUGGCAUUUAAUACAAUACAGGCUGCGGAUAUUGAUAUACGUCCCGAACUCUAUAAGCAUAUUGUUCUCUCUGGCGGCUCCACCAUGUAUCCGGGUCUGCCCAGCCGACUGGAGCGAGAAAUUAAACAGUUGUAUUUGGAACGCGUUCUCAAGAACGAUACGGAAAAACUGGCGAAAUUCAAAAUACGAAUUGAGGAUCCACCGCGUCGCAAAGAUAUGGUCUUCAUUGGCGGCGCUGUCUUAGCCGAGGUAACGAAAGAUCGAGAUGCGUUUUGGAUGUCCAAGCAGGAGUAUCAGGAGCAGGGCCUAAAAGUAUUGCAGAAACUGCAAAAGAUCAGCAACUAAAGCGAAACAGUAAAUGCUAACAGAGACAGCAAUCAAUCAGCAUCCACAUCAGCAUCAACAACAAUAAAUAUGUAUAACAAUAACUGGAACAACAACAAUGGCAACAAAAGAAACAUGAUUGAUUAAUGGAUACCAUAGCAUCAUUUGCAUUUGCUUUAUAUUAAGUGAAAAUUGAAGGCUUAUGUAUUAUGUAGUUUGUUUACUCUUGGUGUGCAUUGUGUUCAUUCAGUUCUUCCUAAUUCUAAUUCCCUAGUUACAUGCAACUACAUACAUACAUUCGCAUAUGCACAAAGUAAUAGCGUACUUUUUCUUCACACUCAAGAAAUAAACACCUGUAAAAAUGCUAUGUUAUAAUCGUAAUGCCAAAUUUUGAAAAUGUAUAUUUGAGAGGUUGGCUUUAAAAUGUGUAAUUAAGUGUCGCCUGAAUUGUAAUAGUUCAUUUAUAAUUAUUAUUCUUAUGUUUUCUUUCGACUUUUCUUUUUUUUUUCAUUAAAUAUACAUAUGCAUAGAUUGUAUUGAUAUUUUUGUAAACAUGUAUCUUUCAUUUGUGCAGUAGCCGUAAUCGUAAAACAAAAAAAAAGUAUUUUCAUGUUUCCUCCUCAAAAACAAUUAUGAUCGAGUAUUAACCCAGUCUGGGCAAGUUGCUUAUAGUGUUAUAACUUUAAAAAGCGAUUUUAAAUCGUCCUGUCUUGUCUUCUGAACUGUGAGUGUUCGUUCGUGCGCGUGUUUGUAUGUGUGAGUGAGUGAAAGAGACAAAAGAGUGAGCUGCAUACAUAGUUUAAAAAGAGAAAUAAAUACACAAAGUACAUGUUGCGAGUAUAUAGAAAAAUAUUUGUGCUAACUAAGUUAGUAGUUGCUUGCAGCUGCAUUUGCUAAUAGUUUACUUCAUUGCAAUUAACGACUGCCCAAUAAUAUUAAGCAUUAAUUAGAACUACAACAAAAUUUUGUUCCGUUGUGCAUAUUAAAAAUGCAAUAAACUUUAAUUGUGUGUCGAA